AACAAGUUUUAUUGAUUACUGAGCGUAAUCCAUGGGUUUUGUAAUGUUUACUUUCAUUUUAGGUAAUUAUACAAAUUGUAUGUUUUGCAUCUUUCGAUGUAUACUUUUAUCGAUACGCUGCAAUAACUGGACUGAUUAUUGCUGCGCUGGUAUUGAUUAUUAUUAUGUUAAUAUCCAGGCAGUCAAAGUGGGACAUAACUAGCUGCAGUUUUUUACCUUUCGUAGGAGUAGUGGCUCUCCUAUUGGCUACUGCGUAUUUUUUUAUUAUUAAUCUGAUGAAGAAUUCGUAUGAAUUUUACAUUAUCUUCAGUGGUGUUGGAGCAGCUAUAUAUUGCAUGCUGCAUAUAUUCAUGAUACAGAUUAUUAUGGCUUACAAGAAAUAUCAGAUAGGUGCAGAAGAUUAUCUACCGGUAAUCGUAUAUUUUUACAUUUUGGAUGUUAGAAGAUUUAUCGGUGUUGAUUGAAUGUAUUAAUAAGUAUUUUGAGAUUUAUAAAUGGUUCAUUUUGACUAUGCUUUAUUGCUGAUUUACAAGAAUGUGCAAAACAAUUAGUUAAACUAAAGACAAUAUGGAUGAGAGACAAUGUUGUUCUGAAUGUGAAGAUGAACAGGAAACCGAAGAAACAAGAGAUAAUUUGAAAUCAGAAAAUCAUAGUUGCGAUCUUAACAACCUUGACAAUAUACCUAUUAGUUUUGAGAAAGAAUCACAAGAUUUAAGGGAAAAGUCUCAAAUAAGUCAUCACAAUGAAGUACAUAGAGACAUGAGUCAAAGUCACCACAAAGCAGUUGAUUUUCCGACAGUCACACCAGAUUAUGAGACAAUUGAAGAACUUCAAAUAAAAGAACAACCAAAUUUAAAUAAUUUCUUGGCAUUACAAUCAGUAAUCAAGGAUAACAAAUUGCCUACGGAAUCACCCCAUUUAAACAGUCAAUCGGUUACCACAGAAAAUGAAACUGUGAAUGAGGAAAAGCAAUUACUUAAUAGAUACAUUGCCACUCCAAAAGAUUUAACAUUUCAACAGCAACUGAAUGUGUACUGCAAUCCAAUAUUGAAUAUGGAUGAAACUCCCUUUCAAGAUAAAGCCACUCGGCAUAAAUUUAUCCGUAAAGUACAGAUAAUUCACUUUUUUAUUCUACUUGUUACUAUAGGGGGUGUUGCCUUAUUCGAUUUUUUACCAAAUUUACACAAAGAAGCAAAUACUAGUAGUACUAUUAUAGAAGGGGGGACCGUAAUAGAGGCAGAAGCUUCGCACACUCAUUCUAUAUAUAUAUCUGUAUUCUUAAUUCCAUUUUGGAUAGCCCUAGUGCUUAUGAUAUUGUUAAGUAUUGUGUUUGGGUGUGUUCCCUCCAUUGCCCGAAUAUUCCCUUGUAAUAUUAUCUACUUGGUUGUAUUUGUAAUUAUACAAAUUGUAUGUUUUGCAUCUUUCGAUGUAUACUUUUAUCGAUACGCUGCAAUAACUGGACUGAUUAUUGCUGCGCUGGUAUUGAUUAUUAUUAUGUUAAUAUCCAGGCAGUCAAAGUGGGACAUAACUAGCUGCAGUUUUUUACCUUUCGUAGGAGUAGUGGCUCUCCUAUUGGCUACUGCGUAUUUUUUUAUUAUUAUUCUGAUGAAGAAUUCGUAUGAAUUUUACAUUAUCUUCAGUGGUGUUGGAGCAGCUAUAUAUUGCAUGCUGCAUAUAUUCAUGAUACAGAUUAUUAUGGCUUACAAGAAAUAUCAGAUAGGUGCAGAAGAUUAUCUACCGGUAAUCGUAUAUUUUUACAUUUUGGAUGUUAGAAGAUUUAUCGGUGUUGAUUGAAUGUAUUAAUAAGUAUUUUGAGAUUUAUAAAUGGUUCAUUUUGACUAUGCUUUAUUGCUGAUUUACAAGAAUGUGCAAAACAAUUAGUUAAACUAAAGACAAUAUGGAUGAGAGACAAUGUUGUUCUGAAUGUGAAGAUGAACAGGAAACCGAAGAAACAAGAGAUAAUUUGAAAUCAGAAAAUCAUAGUUGCGAUCUUAACAACCUUGACAAUAUACCUAUUAGUUUUGAGAAAGAAUCACAAGAUUUAAGGGAAAAGUCUCAAAUAAGUCAUCACAAUGAAGUACAUAGAGACAUGAGUCAAAGUCACCACAAAGCAGUUGAUUUUCCGACAGUCACACCAGAUUAUGAGACAAUUGAAGAACUUCAAAUAAAAGAACAACCAAAUUUAAAUAAUUUCUUGGCAUUACAAUCAGUAAUCAAGGAUAACAAAUUGCCUACGGAAUCACCCCAUUUAAACAGUCAAUCAGUUACCAUAGAAAAUGAAACUGUGAAUGAGGAAAAGCAAUUACUUAAUAGAUACAUUGCCACUCCAAAAGAUUUAACAUUUCAACAGCAACUGAAUGUGUACUGCAAUCCAAUAUUGAAUAUGGAUGAAACUCCCUUUCAAGAUAAAGCCACUCGGCAUAAAUUUAUCCGUAAAGUACAGAUAAUUCACUUUUUUAUUCUACUUGUUACUAUAGGGGGUGUUGCCUUAUUCGAUUUUUUACCAAAUUUACACAAAGAAGCAAAUACUAGUAGUACUAUUAUAGAAGGGGGGACCGUAAUAGAGGCAGAAGCUUCGCACACUCAUUCUAUAUAUAUAUCUGUAUUCUUAAUUCCAUUUUGGAUAGCCCUUGGGACAUAACUAGCUGCAGUUUUUUACCUUUCGUAGGAGUAGUGGCUCUCCUAUUGGCUACUGCGUAUUUUUUUAUUAUUAUUCUGAUGAAGAAUUCGUAUGAAUUUUACAUUAUCUUCAGUGGUGUUGGAGCAGCUAUAUAUUGCAUGCUGCAUAUAUUCAUGAUACAGAUUAUUAUGGCUUACAAGAAAUAUCAGAUAGGUGCAGAAGAUUAUCUACCGGUAAUCGUAUAUUUUUACAUUUUGGAUGUUAGAAGAUUUAUCGGUGUUGAUUGAAUGUAUUAAUAAGUAUUUUGAGAUUUAUAAAUGGUUCAUUUUGACUAUGCUUUAUUGCUGAUUUACAAGAAUGUGCAAAACAAUUAGGUACUAUCUUGACGCUGAAUGAUCUCUAAGCUUAAUUAACUAAUCUGCAAUGUUUGCUUGAUUAUCUACGUAUUUAUUUAACAAACCAAUAUGUGUUAUAAGAUAAUUAUUUUUAAACUGCUUUAUACUAACUGUUUUAGUUUACUUAAAACUGUAA